GCGCCGCUGAGGCCAGAGCUGUGUGAGGAGGUGUCCACCUGGUUCCUGGAGUUCGGUUCGGUUUGGCGGCGGGAUGCAGAAAGGCCUGAAGAAGUACUUCAUGAACAUGGACGAGUACUUGUCCAGUUUGGGUUUGUACCGGAAGAUGGUGGCGCGAGACGCGUCCAGUCUGUUCCGGGCCGUGUCAGAGCAGCUGUAUUACUCUCAAAACUACCAUCAGAAGAUCCGACUGGACUGUGCUGGCUUCAUGCGGGCCAACAGGUGUAACUUUGAGCCGUUUGUUGAAGGAUCCUUUGAGAAAUACCUGCAGCGUCUGGAGGAUCCCAAGGAAACAGUGGGUCAGGUGGAGAUCAAGGCUCUGUCUCAGCUCUACAGGCGGUGCUUUCUGAUCUACCGUUACCCCGGGAAACCAGCUACUGUCAUCACUGAGGACGACUUUGUGGAUCAAGUGACGCUGUGCUGCUCCAUCAAUGGUCACUAUGACAUUGUUUACCCGAGGAGUUACCCCACCUCUGCCGCACUCUGCCAGUCUCUUCUGUACGAGCUGCUCUACACUCAGGUGUUCGGACUGGAGGAGGCGGAGCUCUUUCAAGCCAUGGAGGCCUUCAGGAUCGGUAGUCGUCGCUAUAGAAACAGUCCGUCGGUGUGCAGUGAUGUGGAUGUUGGCUAUGAUAUACUUGAGGACCGAGGACACAGGGAGGAGGUGGAGGCAGGGGGAACUGCUGAGGACAGAUCUCCAGCUGAGGACAUGAAGGCUCCUGCUGAAGCCCCACCCCCUUCCAGACUUUCCCUGCCCUACAAAGUGUUGAAGUCUCUGGAUGGAGACGUUUACAGAAACCUGGAGUUUGAUGUGUGGCAGGACACCUGCAAAGAGAUGCAGAAGACAGACUACAUGGUGUUCGCGGGGCGACAGUACUUCCUGGGAGACAAGUGUCAGGUCCGUCUGGAAGCAAAGGGGAAGUUCUACAAUGCCUUCAUCCAAGAAGUGGGAACGCACAGUGCAGCCGUCACAGUGUUCAUCGAGGAACUGGGAGAGAAGCACCUUGUUCCUCUGACGGACCUAAAACCGGUGAACCCGGUUCCAGCCUGGAAUGUUGCAGCUCCAACCAGGAAAGGGGACCUGGAACCGGACUCUCGAGGUCAGCGCCAUCGUCAUCGUUAUUUCAGGAAGUCUCGGGGCAGUGGCGUCAAGGGGGCGGAGCUACUCAUGCUACAGCCUGCCUCCUAUGGGAGCCCCGCCCCCACUGCUCUGCCUCCUCGCUUUCAACCUGCAAGUCAUCCACGCCCCCCCCUCCCUCCAUCACCUGGAUCCCUGACUUAUGACCCCUAUGUCCCCCACCACCACCACUACCCCGCAGCCAGACCCCCACGUUAUGGAUCCUCCAGUUCCACACGUUUCCUGAACCGUCACCUGAUUGGUCCACAGUUGACCUAUUACCACACCGGCAGGCGGUUUUACCACGACUACGAGAACUACGCCUUCAGGUCUCGUCGCAGUCGGCGCCAGCUAGGGUCAUCUCUGAACAAGGAGUGUCAGUUUGGGUUUCCAGCAGACGCAGUGGACGAGCCGGCAGAUUUGGACGCAGCCAUUGCGUACUACCAGCUGGAUGAUGCCAACGACGCCAUCUACCCACCACUGGCUGGCGCUUCUGUAGCUCCUCCCCCCACCAUUGGAGCCCCAUCCACUUCUGGCUCCUCCUACAGAGUUCAGAGAGCCUCAGGGACCCUCCCUCCUGCACCUCCACCUGGAAACACUCCCAUCUGCUCCUCAGAGGAGGACCAGGGGGACACAAGUACUGUGGAGGACCAGGUGGAGUACACGGAGGAGUACCUGUACAGGAGUAAGGAUCAAAGCUACCAGCCGACAGGCGUUUAUGCUGCUGAAGAGCCAUCCUCCACUCAGGAUGAGCAGGAAAGAGGAACGGCUGACUCUCCAAGCAGACCAGAGCUGAGCUACAGCUACACUCAGCAGGUUGUGAAGCCCCUGGCAGUCAUCUGCUCCUCACCUUCAUCGUCCUCUUCAUCACCAUCAUCUCCAUCAUCGCGGGUACCUGGAGCGGCUCACCUGCCGCCUGCCACUCACAUGCAGACACGCUCAGUUACCAUGACCAUACCAGCUGCUGCUCCCUGGUUGGUUAACGAGAUGGGCGAGCCGGUCAGCACCUUUGUGGCUCCGCCUCCCUACUCCUAUGACCCAAAUGGCAGCGAUUUACCCAGAGACUGCAGGGUCCUCCAGUACUACUUCAACCUGGGAGUCCAGUGGUACAAUCAGAGCUGCUGGCAGCAGCAGGUGUACCCCCCAGCCUCACCUGACCCCACCUACCCCUACCAACACUAUCCCCCUUAUUUGAGCCAGGAGCCCCCUCUGCAUGCUGCCCCCCCUUUGUUUUCUGACAACGCUCGAGGCACUGCCCACCAGCCCCUCUCCUCCUACCCAGAAUCCUCCAGGGCAGCAGAUGGGCAGGCUGAUGGACUUGGCAGUGGUCCUCCUCCCUCAGUGGAAGGCGCAUCCUCCUCAGUAGGCACAGCUCUUCCAGGCUCCGCCCCUUCUGCUCUCCUCUACCCAGAUCAGGGUCCCCACCCUCCUCCGACUCUGCUACACCUGCCGUAUGAUGCUACGCCUCCAUCUACUUACCUGAAUACAGCUCCGCCCCCUCUUACUCACCACACCCACCUUCCUCAUCACUCCUCCUACCAUCCUUGUCUUCCUGCUUCAUCUCAUUGGGGGACGUUCCCAACGGCAGGCCACACCCCUCGAGUCUACUGCCCCACUCCCAACCCAGCCCACAUGGUGGGUUACAUCUCUACCCAACCCCCUCACCACACCACCUCACACUACAUCCCCCCAAUGUAGUGCUAGCUCGUGGCUAAUGUCAUUAGAUUUUAUUGAGGUAACCCUUUUAGUUACUUCCUGUCC